AAGAAAGGGAAGAGAUCACUAGCUCGGAAAUUAAAUUCAAACCAAGACUUGGACAGUCUCAGCUUGAAUUAUUGAAAAGGUAUACGCCUGGCGAUACCGAGGAUCUGCGAAAGAGACAUGAUGUGGCAGCUUUUAUUGAAUGUGACAUGAUAGAAGAGUAUGCGAGAAAUGUUGGGAUACUUCAGGGAGCUAAUAAAAUUCCGGUCAUCAGAAUGGAUCUUCCAAAAGGAUAUGUUUAUCGUGUUCGUCGUGAAAAUGGUUAUGAAGGUGCUGGUCAUCUGAACAAAAUCCCAAACACUCGUCUUUGCUCUGAAGGAGAUAUUAUGUGCAAAAUAUGUCAUCAUAAAGACGUUGAACAUGAUAGACAAGAAGGAAGCUGUUCUAGAAAAAUUGUUUAA